AUGAUCCUACCGAGCGAAAGCGACAAACCGCAGACUAUAUAUCCAAAUGAAUUGAACGACACGAUGCCCUUGGGUGACACGGACGCUCCCCCGGCGUACGAAGUCAGCCAAAUAGCAACUGCAUCCACCUUUCCCACCGAUUCUAAGCGGCCUCCACCACUCGGUGCUACAAGCAGCACACUACCGAUCCCAAUAGCCUCUUCGUCGAGGUUAUCACCCGUUUCGAGUUCCUGGUUUGGAUUCACCUCACCGACAGUGCGUCAAGUGCGCUCAACGGUAUUGGGACUGGUCAAAGAUCUGGUGAAACUACCUCACGAGGACCGCUCGUCUGUUGGAAUCAGCAUUCUCAAAAGUUGUGCGGACGCCUGCUCCGCCAACGGCCUUUCGAUCAGCUCUGUGCUGCAGGAGAAGAGCGUGGAGGGACACACACCUAUCUACUGGGCGGUUGUGAAGCGGCCCUCCGAUGUAGAAUCCGACCAGCUCCAGGGGACUGACUUGCUCAGCGCUCUCAUAAGCUUGGCCUCACCUCUCACUCCUGCUACCAUCUCCGACGUGCGACUAGCAUGCCUGCUCAAUUCCGACCAACUGCUUUUCCAGCGGCUGCGGAGCUCUCCUGAAUUCUCACCGCUUAGUGCGACCGACGAAAUGAUUCUCGAUGCCACCGUUCCUCACGAUGAUAUAACGGUCGAGAAUGUUGCGCCCACAGAGACGGAUGGGGCCGGUUCCGGCGCGUUUGUUGUCGACUUUGCGGUACCGCACUUCCAGAAGCGCAUGCUCCUCGGGAAGAGCAUCGUGUUAGAAUUCAUUGCGCGGAGUCGGAUGUGGAGACUGGCUUUCUACGUUUCCCCCCACGAGAAUCGGCGACCAGGCAUGCCACCAUCAGGGACAUGUUACAUUGUGGUUCUACUUGAUGGCUCGGAUAAUGAUGGUGGUCUUGGGGGGCUUCAAUAUGCGGGAUGUCCGUAUAUAUAUCCGGAUGAGACACUGCGAUUUCGCCUUGAAGCGCGAUUAGCAAGACCAGAGGCAGAGUGUAUCAUUUGUUAGCUUCAAAUCUUUCGACUGGAUCUCAUCCGAUCACAUGCGCAAGACGCGGUCCCGUGACUGUGGAUAAAUGGAUUUAUGCGGACUAUUCAGCAGAAUCACAGACAUUGCCAGUAGACUGGGAGGGUCGGUCAGCUUUGAAAUCAGGCUCGAAGGUGGCUGCUUACAGGGGUUGAUGACAGUGCAGGUGGUGCCAGAGACACAGCUUCCAGAGCCAGUGAAGGUAGAGCCUCCACAUUGUUGGUACUGCGAAAGUCGAUCAGUAAGACGCACAGGCUUCGCAAGAAACAGAGGGACCGACCUGGGCAAUAGAUCCGCCAGUCGGGCUGGAAGGAGCCGUGGUCGUCGAGCCGGGUCCGCUGGGACUGGUGCUGGAGCCACCGAAGGUCGAGCCGAUGUCACCCCACUUGAUGUUGGAGAAGACGACGGAGUUGCUUCCCUGGGAAGCCUCGACGGUCUUCGGAUCGCCACUGGUGGUGCUGCACGGGCCGCGGAGAACACCAGGAGUCGAGGGGUUGCUGGCCGUAGGGUAAGACGAGUCGAGCCAGUACAUGCCAGCGGCGUGGUCGUCCCAGAGACUGAGCGCAAGGACCAUUCCACGCUGCAGGGCAGCACCCAUCGCCUUCAAGCCACCGCGGCUCUCGAACGAGUUGGUGUCGCCAAAGGCCGUCUUUUGGGCGUUGCAGAACGAGUCGGUGAUCGAGUUGACUGCCGGCGUGAUCCCGGCGAUCUUGGUGUUCGAGUUCUGGAUCACCUUGCCGUUCUGGACGUACAGCCGCUUGAUCUCAGUCAAAGUUCCGCUCGGCGCGACGAACUGGGUCACGAUAGUGAACUUGGAGUUGGUGUCGACGGUCUUGCCCGGGCCGAGGAAAGUCUGGUCGCCCAUGCGGUACGAGUUAAAGUCGCAACCGUCCUUGUCGCAGAUACUGCCGCUCGCGUAACGGUUGCUGCCGUCACCGCACUCGGUUGCACUGCUGCAGGCGUACAGGCCGGCUUUAGAGCAGACGUGAGGAGUGUAGGCGGCCGCGUUCUUGUUGGCUGGAAGCAGAGUCAGAAGCUGCUCAACCUUAUAUGUGCGCUCCACAUACCUUCCCAGAUGUCCAUCUCGUUGCAGCAAGUUCCAAUCGACCCAGUUCCCGAAUUGGUGUCGUUCGGAGAACCAGCCCAUCCAACGAUGUUGGCCUGUAGAUCAUCAUUCAACACACCAGUCUUUCACCCGGUAGACGGCUGAUCACACACCUUUCCGUUUAUGAACUUGAGAUCGUGAGGGCACUGGCUGUCGCAGUAUCCCGUUCCGUACUUGGCACCAGCCUUGUUUGUAGCAGAAAUUCCACCAUCCAUCGGCAUCUCAGUCAGGUAGAGCGCGCCGUUGAGCCCACAUCCGAGGUUGCUCAUGUCAACAUCGAACGAGAACUCCUGGUUCAGCAGCUUCAGGGGCUGGUACGACGUGGCGUUGGCCAUCAGGUACACUCGGGAGCCGAUGUUGGCGCCAGUGACAAACUUGAGAGUAAGCGCGUUGCCCGAAGUCGAGAUACC